AUGCUGAACACCCUGAGAGUGUCAGGUGUAGAAGAUGGAGCCUUCAACCUUCAUCAUCUGCUGCCUGCAGUAGACAACAUUAGUCAAGCUCCUUGCUCAAGGAGAGAAGAGAAUGAGGAUGAGCGUUUCCACAUGGAGGUAGAGGAGGAGAGGGAGCAGCAAAGAAUUGACUUUACAAAGCUGGUGGCUGGGAGACAAAAGAGAGGUGCCUGGGGGAAGAGGAAACAUGUACCUACAGUGGAGGCCAAAGCAUACAGAAUAGCAGGCUUGGGGCGACCCCUAAUCGGCUGGAGAAGAAGAAGCAAAGGAGAGAUGGAAACCAGCUUUCUCAUGGCUGUACUUAAAGAACUUCAUACUGAGAAGAGGCGGCUGAUGGAUCCAGGAAAAGCACAGGAGGAGGAGGAAGAAGAGGAUGAUGAUGAGGAUGAUGAUGAUGACGAUGAUGAUGAUGAUGAUGACGACGAGGAAGAAGAAGAGGAAGAGGAAGAAGAGGAGGAGGAAGAAGAGGGACAGGGAGAGGGAGAAGAAGAAGAAGAAGAGGGAGAGGCAGAGGGAGAAGGAGAAGAGGAAGAAGAAGAGACAACUGAGUCUCCCAGCAAUCAUACAGAAGCAUACACCAGCUUUACAGAAUCUCCUCUCAGUGAGUGUCAGACCACUGACACAGAAAUCAGCUGCAGGGGCAUCGGCAUGACUCAGCUGCCAAUCAUCCACAACUUGGAGGCCACAAAGCUGGAUGCGGCAGAGAACAACAUCCAAAGCAUCACUCCAGACGUUUUCUCCGGCUUGCCGAACCUGGACACACUGGACCUAAGCAAAAACAACCUCUAUGAUGAGUCAUUCAGCCAAAACCCCCUCUCUAACUUGACCCUUCUGAAGAGGUUGAACUUAGAUGGCAACCAGCUUACCAGGAUCCCGUCACUGCCACCAUCUCUGGAAGAGCUCAAGAUUAACAACAACAAGCUUAAUUCCCUCACCCCUCAUUGUUUUGAAGGUUUGAUGAACCUGUGGAAUCUGGAGCUGCAAGGGAAUAGUCUACACGAUGGCAGCGUGUCACCUCUAACCUUCAGACCAAUAAAGAAGCUUCUGUACCUCCAGUUGGGCAAUAACCGCUUCCGUUCACUGCCCCAGGGUCUUUCCUCAUCUCUGAAGGUGCUGGAGAUGAAUGAUAAUCUGAUUGAUGAGGUGACAGAGGAGGUAGUGAGGGACUGCGUCCAUUUAAGAGUGCUGAACCUGAGUCACAACCUGCUGCAUGAGCAAGCCGUUGCUCACCAUGCCUGGACCCAUCUCAAAGCCCUGGAAAUCUUGGACCUGUCUUACAACCGAUUCACCUCAGUCCCCAUGUAUCUGCCCCGCCGUCUCAGUAAUCUGACACUUCAGCACAACGACAUCAGUCAAAUCCCAGCCUUCGCGUUCCGCCACCUGCAGCCCGGCCUGAAGUCCCUCCGUCUUUCCCACAAUUCCUUGAGCAACGAGGGCGCUGAGAGAGUUUCUUUUGUUGGAACGUACCGCUCACUUGUUGAGCUCCUACUGGACAACAACCACCUGGGGGAGAUCCCACUCUCUGUUCGACAGUAUAAGAAGCUGCAGGUGCUGAGACUGGACAACAACCACAUCAGGCUGGUGAUGAAGUGGGGAGUGUGCCACCCUCGUAAUCCAGGCUCCACCUUGACUUCAGUCCACUUGGAAAAUAAUCUGCUGGAAGUGGAGAGGAUCCCCCCAAAAGCCUUUUCUUGUCUCGCUGAUGCCGGGGGGCUGGUCCUCUAUCCACAGCAGGGACAUUACAAAUAG